AUGGAAAGCUCAGUCCCUGAAAAUCAUAAAGGCCUUCAUCUCGUCAGAGCAUUAUUUUAUGAGUUCUUAGGUACAAUGCUGGUGGUAUACUCUUUUAACUUCAGUGCAAACAAUUACUUUGUUAGAGCAAUCACAUACUUCACGGUUUGGUUGUUGGCUGUUGCAAUCUCAGGAGCACAUUUUAAUCCGGCAACUACCCUUGCGGUCUAUCUCUCCGAGGGAAAAUAUCUUAAAUAAUUGGGCAGGCUAAUUCUUUAUUGGCUUUUCCAACUAAUGGGUGCAUUCGCAGGAACUUUGUUCACUUAUCUUAUUUUCAAUGAGCCAGUGUAAGGCUACUUACUUUGGCCAAAUGAGAACAUUUCAGGAGGUGUUGGAUCAACAAGGUACUUUUCUUAAUUUGGUAACAUAUAUUAUGCAAAGAUUUUAUGGCUAGAAAUGUGGAACUCCUUCAUCUUCAUAUAUGUUUAUCUCCUUGUCAUAUAUAAGCCUGGCCUUAGAACAGUAGAUGAAAUCAUCAAAGGACUUGGUGUUAGUCUUGUUCUAUAUGCAAGCUAUGCAAUGACUGCUGAAUCAGGUGCCUGUUUGAAUCCUGCACUUGGAGUAGCUCAGGUUAGUUACCAAGUUGGAUUCCUUAACGGUGUCGAUUUGAAUGGUGGAAGGUAUGCUAGUCCUAUUUGGGUCUACAUCAUUUUUCCCUUAAUCGGAGGAAUGCUCGCUGCCCUAUCCUUUAGGCUACAUAUUGGUCUCGAUAAUAGAGCUCUUAAGCAGUAGGAAUAACCGGUAGAAGUCAAUCAAUGA